GUCUCUCUCUCUCUCUCUCCCGGCUGCACACACACACAGAGCGUGAGCGCUCAACGGCGCCGCGAAUUCAUCGGCGCCGUUGAUCCUCUGGCAACAUCACACGCGAGCGCGCUCACUCACUCGCAUCAUUAUCAGCGCCGUCACCUACAUCAUCAUCGUCGUCGCCGUCCUCAACAUCGCCAUCAUCUCAGCGCUCUACGACGGAGGACAGAGGAAGCCGCCUUCAUCCACGGGAAUAUUCGGAGCCGGGCUCUCUCGCUCGCUCGCUCGCUCUCUCGAGGAGGCGUACGGAAAGAGAGGAGAGAGUGAGAAGAGCGAGGAGAGAGAGAGAGGAAAGAGAGGAGAGAGCUCAGCGUCCAAGGCUCGGCUAGAAUCCUUCAACUGCCUCGCUCGGCGACUUCCUCGACCGCCGUCUCUGCGCUCGCAAUGCACUGAGUGGAGCGGAUACCCCGCGGCGUGCGAGUUGUUCGGAACUAAAGUGAGGGAUCACGCGGCUUGCACUGGCGAACGAACCUCCUCCUCCUCCAAAAUUCCACGGUGGCAAUUCAUCGACAAAGUGUCGUAGUCCGAAACGUCGCCCCCAUUGACAUUUGGAGCGGCUAUUGUUUUACGAAAGCCGUGUUAAUGAGGACGGUGGUGGGAUUAUUUUUGUUUCUGUGUUUUGAUUGCGAUGCCGAGAAGAUUACGUGCGGCGAUUUAGCAAGAUAAGCAUUGUCAACUAUAUCGACAACAAUAUCAACAACAAUAAUAACAAUAUAAAGAGAGAAUUUAUAACGUCCGUUUUUAUUGAGCGCGUGCAUUUCUGUAAAAAAAAAGCAAAUCAAAGAAAAUCGAGAUGAUUUAAAACACACCACAUCUCUGACAAACAUCAACAAGAACGGCAACAGUAGCGGCAAACAAUAUCAAAUUAAACGUCAGCAACAAUUACGAUUUAUUUGUAUGGACCUCGUUAAACUUGUACCUGAUUAUGAAUUGAGAUAUAUUUGCAAAAAAAACUUCACCGUUGGGAUCUACUCGAAUCAAAACCCCGACCUGAACAACACCUCAACAACAGCAACUCAACAACAACUCAACAACAGCAAACUCAACAACAACAACAACUCAACAACAGCAACUCAACACCAGCAACAAACAACCAAAUAUCAACAACUCAUUGUCCAUUGUCGGACCCGAGUUUGAAAAUCUCACUUUUUUCAAUACUUUGCCGUGAAGACUCAAACUCUUCCAACAACAACAACAACAUCACCACCACAACCACCACCACCCAACAAGCAAACAAACUCCCACCCACCCAAAAAAAAAAUCACUCCCAAGUCAUCAGUGCUCGGAUGAACCGCACGGACGCUAGCCACUGUGGCCGUGGCGCCGAUUUAAACGAAGCUGGCGGCUAGGCCGCCCCAGCAAGAGCCGGCGUCCUGACUCCACCUCGGGCCUCGUGGACGCGUGCCGCCGCCAGCGGCACCCCGCGCGCGAUGCCGGCCCCUUCGGCGCCCUGGUCGAUGCAGGCCACGGCGGCAGCGCAGCGGCGAUGCCUCCUCCUGCUCAGGCCUCGCCCCGUGCGGCCGCUCAGAUUCCUGGCCCUCUUGGCGCUCUACCUGUCCGUCGGGAGUCUUCUGCUCUCCCACUCGGCGCCCCUCGUCGCCCGUCUCGCCGCCAGGGCUGGGGUCGCUGCCGGGAGUGGUGGUGGUGUCGGUGGUGGUGGUGGUGGUGGUGUUGGUGUUGGUGGUGUUGGUGGUGUUGGUGGUGGUGUUGGUGGGGGCCACGUGGCGGUCUCGGCGGACGUCUUGGAGGAGCCCUCGGGAGCUCCCUUGGAGGGGCCCCUGCAGCAGCAGCAGCAGCAGCAGGGAGCUGCGUUGGCCAUCGGCAUGUGGGCCUCAAGGGGGUCCGUGUCGGAAGGGACUCACAGAGAUGCUUCGCCCCCCGCCGCCUUUCCAGGGCUACCCCGCGGUGGUGGUGGAGGUGGUGGUGGUGGAGGUGGUGGAGGUGGUGGAGGUGGUGGAGGUGGUGGAGGUGGUGGUGGAGUUGGUCCGGACGAACCCUUCUCUGGGGGGGCCCGCAUCAUCAAGUACCGACCCCCCUGGAUGCGCCAGCGGGCCGAGGGCAGCGAGCGUCCUCAGGGAGGAUACGGGGGGGCAGCGCAGCCCCCCUUGUCGGGAGUCGUGGGGGGCAGCAGUGGCGGUGCGAGAGCUGCCAGCGAGCAGGACGAGUCCGGGAAAGCUCGCUACGUGGGCUGCUUCGCUGAUGAUCCCAAGCAAAGGACUCUGCAGGGUCUCGUGCUCUACGACUACCGGAAGAUGACGCUCUUCCGGUGUCAUGACAACUGCGCCGAUCGGGGCUACCGCUACGCGGGGCUGGAGUUCGGGGCGGAGUGCUACUGCGGGCACCGCGUGCAGGGCCGCAACGUGAGCGAGGAGGAGUGCAAGAUGGAGUGCAAGGGCGAGCGCAGCUCGGUGUGCGGGGGUGCCAACCGCCUCUCCGUCUACCGCCUGGAGCUCGCGCACGACGUGGGCCUGAGAUACGGGAGUGCAGUCUUCCGCGGCUGUUUCCAAACCCCGGAGAAUCUGUCGCUGGCUCUUCCUGUCGUCGCACUCAUCCAUAACCUCACUGUGGGCGCCUGCGUUGACUUCUGCACUCAGAAGGAGUUGGUGCUGGCGGCCGUGGGUGCGGGUCCGCUGCUGUGCCGCUGCGGGGUGGCCACGCCGCGGUUCACGCUGCGGGAGCCACGCGCCGAGCGCCUCUGCGGCGCCUCGCGCUGCCCCGGCGAGCCCAGCGAGGCGUGCGGCAGCGACUCGCACGUGAGCGUCUACCAGACUCAGGUGUCCGACAAGCGCUGCGUGGAGAAGCGGUUCCUGCCGGCGCGGAGCCGCAGACUCACGGCCCUCGCCAGCUUCCCCGGCGCCGGCAACACGUGGACCCGCCACCUGAUCGAGCUCGCCACGGGCUACUACACGGGCAGCUAUUACUUCGACGGCUCUCUCUACAACAAGGGCUUCAAGGGAGAGAAGGAUCACUGGCGUAGCGGGCGCACGCUCUGCGUGAAGACUCACGAGAGCGGGCGGCGUGAGAUCGAGGCGUUCGACUCGGCCAUCCUCCUCAUGCGUAACCCCUACCGAGCCCUCGUGGCCGAGUUCAACCGCAAGUACGGGGGGCACCUGGGCUACGCGUCCGAGAAGAGGUGGAGGGGGAAAGAGUGGCCGGACUUCGUGCACAGCUACGCUCCCUGGUGGGUGUCGCACGCCCUCGACUGGCUGCGCUACGGGCCCCGCCGCCGCCUCCUCCUCGUGGUGCACUACGAGCGGCUACGCGGGGAGCUCCACGCGGAGAUGCGGCGAAUGGUCGCCUUCCUGGGCGCGCCACCUCUCGCCACGCAGCCGCCACAGCCGCACCACCACCACCACCACCACCGUCAACAGCAGCAGCAGCAGCAGCGACACAACCACCAGCACAACCAACAGCACAACCAACAGCACCACCAGCACAACCACCACCACCAGCACCACCACCACCACCAGCAGCAGCAGCAGCAGCCCGCUGUCUACUCCAACUCCACCACACCAUCGUCAUCAUCAUCAUCAUCAUCGUCGUCGUCGUCAUCUUCAUCCCAGUCUCAAUCCUCACCAACAGCGCCGCCGUCGCCUCUUCAUCCUCCAUCGUCGUCGUCGUCAUCGCCCUCAUCGACGCCCUCGUCCGCGGAGUCGCCGCCGUCAGCGUCAGCGGCGGCGCUGGAGGAGGAGGAGGAGGAGCGGCUGCUGUGCACGGAGGCUCACAGGGACGGGAGCUUCAAGCGCUCGGGACGCCGCAAGUUGGCCUGGGACCCCUUCACGGCGCCGAUGCGGGCCGCCAUCGACGGCUACAUCCGCGUGGUCAAUGACGCUCUCCUCUCGGGGGGCCACGGGCCCCUACCCAGCGAGUAUUGCUGCCCCCCCAGAUGAUGCGAAGCAGACGGACGUGUGGAGACGAAGGCAAAGAUUCUCACUCCCCCCCCCCAACCACCACUCCCCCCCACCACUCCCCCCACCA